AUGCCUGACGCCUCAGCGCGAACGGUCGCUUCCACCUUCCUUUCAUCGUGGAUCUCUCGGCUUGGUGUCCCAUCUAAAAUAGUCACCGACAGAGGCCGUCAAUUCGAAGCGCACCUUUUCGCCGCCUUCGCGACGCUCUUUGGAACAUCUCGCAGCCGCACAACCGCCUACCACCCUGCUUGCAACGGCCUUGUAGAACGGUUACACAGGCAGCUCAAGGCAGCCAUCAUGGCUCACGGAGACCCUACCAACCGGGUUGACAUCGUCCCCAUCGUCCUCCUCGGAGUCCGUUCUGCCGUCAAGCAAGACCUCUCGUGCAGCAGUGCUGAGCUUGUAUUUGGCACCACGCUUCGACUUCCGAGCGAAUUCUUCCAUCCGUCAGCUCAGCCCUCCACAGCAACGCCCGAAUACAUUGAUCGCCUGCGCCAUACCUUCGCUCAGAUUCGUCCCACGGAUACCCGUGUACCCUCCAACCGCCCGCAUCACGUUCCCCACGAAUUGGCCACGGCGUCUCUCAUGUAUCUUCGAACGGAUGCCACGCGGAAGUCGCUUCACCCUCCAUAUUCCGGUCCGCACCUCGUCUUGUCCCGUUCACCCAAGCAUUUCACCAUCACCGUAAACGGCCGUAAGGACACAGUCAGCAUUGACCACCUGAAGCCCGCCCACGUCGACAACGAGCGCCUCGCCGCCGCUGUCUUUCCCUUGACGACGCCUUCUCCGCCGAAGACCAAACACGUUUGUUGGUCGGACGUCUCUUAUAGCAGAGAUUCAGGCAGACAGCGAGUGUAUAGGAAGUAA